CCGCGGCUGCGUCCGCGCGCGCUGCCAACGUCGACGAGCGUGCGCGCUUGCUGUGGUGCUGCUGCCGGCGCGGCGCUGCAACGGCUGCUGGCGCGCGUCUCUCGCUAGCUGCUUUUUUCCCGCGUUCGUUGUCGUCGGCAGUGCGGAUCGCUCCAUGCGGGCUGUGACGACGCCGCUGUGCGCUUGCAAGUGCAGCCCGUGCUCGUGCUCGUCGUCCCGGCGUUCGAACGAGUACCGCGCCUGGCGUCCGCGCAGCAGGCGCUCGUCGCGAGGCGAGGAUGGAGGUCGCUACAGCGAGGAGGAGGAGGAGGAGGAGGAAGAGGGCUCGUCUUCGAGCGCCGAAGACGGGACGAGCGCGGCUUCGGCGCUGGCCGACGGGGGCGUGACGUUCAAGCCGCAGCAGCACCGCAAACGCUGCUGCGACGACGACUUCUCGUCGCUGUCGACGCGGCUGCGCUGCCUGCUGGCCGCGGUCGUCGUGCUGCUCGUGCUCACGGCGGUGUUCGUGCCGCUCUACUACUUCGUCUUCAGGCAGCACCUGGGCCCGCUCUGGAGAGCCCUGUUCGGGACGCGCGUGGCCGAUGCUUCAGGCGGAGCGGAGACCACCGCCGGCGGGACGGGCAUCUCCACCCUGGACGAGACGCUGGCGCCGUUUCGGACGACACCGGCGUGGAAGCCUGAGUGUCCCGAGGCGCCAGUGCUGGAGUGGGACCGUUUCGACUGUUACCCGGAGAAUCCAGACGUGGACGUGCGCACGUGCGAGGACCGGGGAUGCUGCUGGGCUGUCACCGACGUCCGAAACGACAAGGACGGUCCUGCUGCCAGGGAACACUACAGAGACCGUGUACCAAAAUGCAUAUUGCCGCUCAACUCUGGCUACCGGAUAGCGGGCCCCGAGGAAUCCCUGUUCGGAGGCUACGAGGUGCCCCUGCAGAGGAUUUCGUCGCCCUCCCGGUACGGAGACGACAUCACGCACUUGAAGGUGCGCGUCCAGAUGCAGACGCCGUAUCGUCUGAGGGUCAAGAUCUACGACUCCUCCGAGGAGCGCUACGAGGUACCGGACCCCGUGAUCCCCGUAGAGAUGGACCUCGGAUCUCCCCUUGUUCACGAAGGGGACGUGCAGAUGUACGCCACCAGCUACAGCCUGGGCAGUGACCCCUUCAGUUUCCAAGUACGGCGAACCAAGACUGGCACCGUCAUCUUCGACACAGGUGUCGGUGCGCUGGUGUUCGCGCACCAGUUCCUGCAGAUUUCAACGCGCCUGCCCAGCGGUCUCGUGUACGGUCUCGGGGAGCAAGUGCAUGAUCGAUUCCAGCAUGACACCGGCUGGAGGACGUGGCCCAUAUUCAACAGAGACGCCUUCCCAGAGGACUACUCGAAUCUGUAUGGCUCGCACCCGAUGUACAUGUGCAUCGAGAAGGACAACAACGCUCACGCCGUGCUUCUGCUCAACAGCAAUGCCAUGGAGAUUCAGCUACAGCCAACUCCAGCUGUGACAUUCCGGACCACCGGCGGAGUUCUUGAUUUUUAUUUCUUUAUGGGACCCACUCCUGAAGAAGUCGUCAGACAAUACACUGAGGCGGUGGGUCGUCCCUUGAUGCCCCCGUACUGGGCUCUCGGCUUCCACCUGGGUCGCUGGGGUUACCGCACCACCGACUAUGUGCGAGACACGCAGAAGAAGAUGCGAGACAUGAACAUGCCGCAGGAUGUGGCUCACGUGGACAAAGACAUCCAUUACAAGCACCGGUUGUUCACCCUGGACCAGAACAACUUCGCCAAGCUGCCAGACCUCGUUAGGGAGUUGCACGCCCGCGGCCAGCGCCUUACCGUCGUCCUGGAGCCGGGGGUGGCCGUGCCGCGUGGGGAACCCGGUCCUUAUGCUCCACUCGAGAGCGGAGAGCGACUCGGAGUGUUCGUCAACGACACCUGGGGCACGCAGCCCAUCCAGGGCUUGGGUUGGCCCGGCACCAUCGUGUUUCCUGACUUCGGAAAUCCUGCGACUCAAGCCUGGUGGUCGGAACAACUGCGCGAAUUUCACCAGGUCGUGCCUUUCGACGGCCUCUGGAUUACUGCUAAUGAGCCAUCUAACUACGCCAAUGGCUCGGUCAAUGGAUGCCUCGAGGACAAUCUAAAUCAGCCACCGUACAAACCAAAGACGAAAGGUCACCGCCUGUUCGAGAGAACUCUGUGCAUGGACGCCGUACACUGGUUCAAGGGCAGCAAGCACCGCCACUACAAUGUGCACAACCUCUACGGCAAGGCUAUGAGCCAAGUAACAGUCAAUGCCCUGAACGCGCUGUCCGGAAGCCGGCGCAGCCUAGUCAUGUCUCGCUCCACGUUCCUGGGCAGUGGUCGAUACGUGGGCCACUGGCUGGGUGACAACGCCAGCCGCUGGCCGGACCUGGGUCACUCUAUCGUCGCCAUGCUCGAGUUUGGCCUCUUCGGCAUACCACUGGUAGGCGCCGACGUAUGCGGGUUUUACGACGAUGCCACUGAAGAACUCUGCUUGCGCUGGAUGCAACUAGGUAUCUUCUAUCCUCUAGUCCGAAACAACAACGCCAUUGAAAGUAGUGCUCAAGACCCGUCAGCGUUCAGCGAAGACUUCCAAGCGGUGGCGCGCAAUGCUCUGAAGCUUCGAUACGAGCUGCUGCCUUUCCUGUACACUCUGUUCCACCACGCGCACACCAAGGGCACCACCGUGGCGAGGCCACUCUUUCAUGUGUUUCCAAACGACACGGAGACGUAUGAAAUCGACCAGCAGUUCAUGUGGGGCGAGGCCCUUUUGAUGACUCCUGUCCUCGAACCGGGAGUUGUGUCCGUGGAAGGCUACUUUCCUGCGGGAAAGUGGUACGACUACCACACGGGUCGGGAAUUCUCCAACUACGAGAGCGGCCACUGGCUUCCCGUCUACUCGCCGCUGUUCGACCCGAACCGGCCGUGCAACUUGCACGUUCGCGGCGGCUUCGUGAUCCCCAUGCAGGGACACGCCAACACCACUACCACCAGCCGGAGGAAUCCUAUGAAGCUCUUGGUAGCACUGAACGCGUCUGGCGAAGCCAUUGGAGACCUUUACUGGGAUGACGGAGAGACCAGAGAUGCACAACUUCUGGAGGAAUACGUGUACCUCAAGUUUCAUGCAAUGAACAACACGCUGGAGAUCUGCAGCUACCAGUACAAGAAGCUGUUCAGCUCCACGUUCGAUGAGCUGGCCAUCAUGUCUGUUCGGGUGCUGGGCAUCCGCCGGCGGCCCGCCCGCGUCGAGCUGGACGGUUACUACCAGCUAUCGCGCAGGCAGUACAGGUGGCACCACAGCAACAAGGUAAUGGACUUGAAGCAGAUUCUCAUGCCCCUCAGGAAAAACACCACCGUGCGAUGGUUUAUGUCCUGACAAUGGCCCAAAAGGCACCUCGGCUUCGACGCGGCUGACCGAACCGGCAGCGACCGUGCCAGCUUAUGGAGAUAGCGAGGGGAAGUGGCCCGCGACGCCGUCCCCGAAGAGGACAACGACCACGUGAGGCGCAGUGUGCUGUGAGAUGUGUGCGGUGUAUACAGACUCUCGGGCGACUGCAAGCGAAAAGAAGAAAGAACGCUCUGCGAUUGUUCUAAGUCAGACUUGCCGCGGACCUUCCAGUGCUGUGUGAAACUGUCCGAGUGUAGACGCAUGUACGGCGACCCGCCGCACAAGUUCGUGAGACGGCGGUGCCGCAUGCACUUAAUAAGGAGUUGUGGCUGGACGAAACAACGAUCUCGCGGCACAAUUUCCGGCCAGCAAGCGUGCAUACUUACCCGCCCGUCGGCCUUACGCCAGCGCUGAAUAGAAAAACCGCUAUUGUCGCGCAAGAGAGCCGCACGUUGCCUUCCGUAACUUCUGAUUGACUUUCAGCCUGCCUGGUUUUCUUUAUUACGAUUAUUAUUACUAUUCUUAGUGAGCGAGGAAGCCAACAGGCUCUUAUUUUCAGAUCAAAAGCCAUAUUUGCGAAGUAAUUUGCGCGAUAAUAUGAGUUUAAGAUCGACAAUGCAUAGAUCAACAGACAUCGGCCGUUAACGGAAGUGAAUUAAAUGAGAACUUGCGAAGGUUUCUGCCUCUGCUUUCAGAAGAGACAGUCAGUCGGCUGCGGCGUAUUGAUAAAUUCUUAUUUAGUGCGCUUUAAUGCUGGUGUUGCGUAUACAACGUUUCAGCUUCGAGAUGACGCCAUACGACGCUGUUCGGCGGCUGCGCCUCGUUUUUUGCUGAUAACGGACUCCAAGUGCAAGAGAGCUGAUGGCUAUCGAAGGCAUCUCAAGCAAGCUCUGCGAAUGAGCCUUCACAAACGCUGUUGGCUCUCCCGGUUCACGCUAUUGCACGGCAAUGCGGCAAAGCCUAAAAAGUUGUUACCGUAAUUCACAGAGAGAGAGAGAGAGAGAGAGAGAGAGAGAGAGAGAGAGAGAGAGAGAGAGAGAGAGCUAUAUUGACGAUAUAUAUGUCGCCCAACGCGAUGACGUCGGCGCUCCGGCCACGCUGAAGAGUAACAUUUUAGGAUUAAACAGCGCGUAUACCGACUGCCAGCAUUAACCGCAGGGACGAGACUGAAUGGUUAUUUUAGGGGUGAAGAAACAUUACCCUCUGCUGCACAAGAUGGUGUCCGAUGAUUAGUCACGUGUACGGUGAGCUUUGUGCCAUAAAACGCGUAGCGAACUCAGGCUUGUAAUUCAACUCGAUACUGGAGAAACGAAGAGCGCCACCACGGCCAAAUAAGUCGUGCUUUCUUUUGCCGGCGAAUAACUCGUGCAAGCUCAUAACGGAAGGAAGGAGAGAUUAAACCUUAGUGCAGAAUCGCAUGCACGUUUGUUAUUUGAGCUUCGAGUUGACGAGCAAAAAAAAAAAAGAAAAAAAAAAGAUAUUUCACAAAGCUAAUGUAUUAGUGAUGACCAAUCGCCACCAUCGCCAUUUUAACACGCUGAGCGUGCGAACCGAGACAUUGUAGGGAAGUGUUCUAAUAUAUUUUUGUUUUUGUAACACAGCUUCGGUGCAGCAUCGAUUGACCCCCUGCAUACGGACCGUUUCUCGACGAUAUCCAAUCACUUUGAGAACGUGCGAAGUGGAAUGAACUAGAACUUCAUAUAGGGUGUCCAAGCUAAAGUCAAGCUGUUCAACGAAAAAAAAAAAAAGAUUAAAGAAACAAAGUGCCAGGUACGAUUUUCACAUCUGCAGUGUUCGGCCGUAAUACCUGUGAUGAUAAAACACCGUAAAUUUUAUAAUUGCACCUUGCACCAUGUGCAUUUUAAUCGUUUCUUUUUUCGUGUUAACAGCUUGGCUAACGUUAGCUGGGACACUCUGUAUAUAACGUAGCCUUUGUGUGGCAUUUAACACUGCCAUAUAGAUACCUACGGAUAUGUUAUGGGCAUUACUGUUGUUAUCUUGUUCAAUACACCUAUUCCUGUAUGUAGAUUUACAUCCUUGUAUGUGCAGCCAUUUGUUUACGUAUGCAGAACGAGCUCUAUUUUCGUGAAAGAAAAUCUUAUUUUCGAAUGACCAAAAAGACAAUCACUUGCUUGUAACAAGGAAGCCUUUGAACAUAAUUGCAGCACGCAAAGUCAUUCCGUCCAGCCACAAUAGUUUACUUGCAAUCAAGAACAUUCAUUGAGAGUUACCUCACGUAGAUGUGCAAUUUUGAAGGCGAUGCACACCAGGCGAAAUAAAGCAUGCAUUGCGACAAAAAC